AUGUCGCAAAACAUCUACGACAGGCCCGACUUCUUCGCCGCCUACUCCGAGACCAUCGACCGCUCCGGGCACAAGGACCUCGACAAGGACCUCCUCUGGAAGCGCCUGCGCACCCUCCUCCCGCCCUCCCUCGCCGGCCUGCGCGUCCUCGACGUCGGCUGCGGCUCCGGCUGGUUCGCCCGGUGGGCCGUCACCCACGGCGGCGCCGCCUCCGUGACCGCCCUCGACAUCUCCACCAACAUGAUCACCAAGGCGCGCGCCCUCAACCGCGACCUCGACCCCGCCCUCGCCGCCAAGAUAGACUACCGCAUCGCGGACCUAGACGGCAGUGCCCACGACCUGGGGGAGGGGUACGACCUGGCGUUCAGCUCGCUGGUGCUACACUACAUCGCGGCGCUGCGGCCGCUCGUGGAGGCGGUGCACGGGGCGCUGAGGCCCGGCGCGCUGUUCGUCGUCAACUUGGAGCAUCCGGUGUACACGGCGCCGCGGAGGCCGCGCGUAGUGGAGGAUGCAGAGGGCGAGCGCUCGUGGAACUUGGGCGCGUACCACGAGGAGGGCGAGAGAGUGGUGGACUGGCUGGCGCCGGGGCUGCGCAAGCAGCACCGUACGCUGCAGGGUUACUUGGACAUCUUCAUGGGCGCGGGCUUCGAGCUGGCGAGGCUGGUGGAGCUGCUUCCGACGGAGGAGGAGCUGGCGGCGGGCGAGUUUGACGAGGAGGAGCUGCUGCGGCCAUUGUUUCUGAUGAUGGGCCUUAAAAAACGGUUGGAAUAG